CCCUUGGAAGUCGCGUUCUGUUUACAUUCUGAAGAAGUUGACGGAAUGAACUCUUUACUAUAGGAAAGGGAACAGCUGAUCGAAGGUUGUAUUUUCGAAGUGGUCGUUUCAGCACCUGCAUUUUCCUAAAAUGAUGGAAACCCAAGAUGCUGAUGACCAGGAAGUGUUUGAGAUUGUUGACUUCACAACUGCUUCUGAAUGGGAAAGGUUCAUUGCUGCAGUGGAGGAAGCUGUUCAUGAGUGGCACUUGGCUGGGGAAAGGCGUCUGCCUCCUCUAACAAAAGGACAAUUAGCAACUGCAAAAUGGAGUGAAAAAACUGUUGUUGUUAAAUUUGCCGAUUUUCCGUUCAAUAUGACUCACCACAGUAUCCUUAACGAAUGUGCUGACUCCCCACCAGAUGAGUCAGAACCUAGCUCAGAGUAUGAAAAUGAGGAAGAGACUGAGAGGCUACCUCAAGCUUUAGAUGACCUGAUGAACAGAGAGAAUGACUUCCCUGCACGAGCCCACUGUUUGGUACGCUGGUAUGGCCUGAGGGAGUUUGUAACCCUCACUCCAGCCAACCCUAAUCAUCCCAUUUUGAGUCCUUCGAAAGCAAAGCUUCUGCUCUCAUCCCUGACUAUAGUCGCAAACAACACCAACUGUCAAGUUCCACUCUUUGUGCAAGUUCUACGCCUGAGUGAGAAGAUGUAUUUGGGCUUGGGCCUUGGUGCUGGGGUACGAACUGACUAUAAUAUGGUCCAUAUGCGCUACCCAUCUCGCCAAUGUACACAUCUUGCAGGGUUGUUGGAUGUGUUCCGGAGCAAACUGCAGUGCACAGUUACUUCCCCUCCUGUCUUGGUGUCAGUUAGGUUUACAUACAUUCUCUCAGAGUGGCCUCACACACUAUGGACGCAGCAGCCUCCAGACUUUGAUGCAACACUCACUGAAGUUGGUUUUUCUGACCUUGGAAAGCUGCCAUUUGGUGCUCUGAGUGAUCCUGUGAGUGAACUCCACUUGUCUGCCACUUGGCCUUGCGUAAGUGAGGAUAUCCUGGUAGACAGUGAUGUAUACAGUGACCUUGACCCAGGAUCUGCCCCUCUGUGGACAACAAGAUUAAUCACUUCAUCGUCACCUCCGUGUCUCCUAACAGAAUACCUAACUGAAUUCUUGCAUGUUUGUCGCAACAAACAGUCUGUAACACAGAUUCUGGGACCAGAUUUUAAUCCAGAAGCAGAGGAAGCGGUGCAGUUUUCCUCAGCACUCGAUCGCCUGACUGAGCACAGAGUCCCAACCAUUUCAAAGAUGGUCAGCAGUGUGCGUCCAGGCCAGAAGAUCACAAGACAAGCAACAAACACUUCUCCAGGGGAUGGCGGCCCUAUACCAAAAGACAUCCUUAUUCUUAUCCUGAACUAUCUGUUUCCUGAUGCUGAGGGUGAAGAGCCCACAGCUCCUUAUCCUAGCACGCUCAACCAGGUGCCAGAAUGGGAAGGAGGGGAUGGGAAUGCUGGUGAACACCCACUCAAGACUCUCCUGUGUAACAUGAAGAGCAGUGGCGUUGAUGGAUUGGUGUGGCGUUUGGCUAUUGUGAUGUGCCAUGCAAUUCAUUCUCUUGGAGGGCUUCCGGCUGCUGCUCACCUGUGGCAUGAGGUGAUCUUGGAACUGCGAUUCCGUUGGGACAACGCCAUAACCAUUCCAGGGGUCAGCAGUGGAGCCCCAGACCUGUCAUCCACUCUUUUCCAUCAGAAACUGCAGAUGCUGAAUUGCUGUAUAGUUAGAAGAAGGGCCAGGGAACAGAGUCCUAAGGGUGGUAAUGAUAUUUCUGAAGAAGAUGAUGAAUUUUACGAGUGUGAAGAAGAAAUGGAGGAAGAUGAGAAAGGAAAUGGAAGUCGGCCUGCCUGGGACAAGCCAGAAGGCCGCCUGAAGCGAUGUGGACAGCUUCGGCUCUUUGAGACUAAUGAGCCUCUGUAUAUACCAAUCACUCAAGAGCCAGCACCCAUGACUGAAGACCGGCUGGAAGAACAUGCUGAUGUACUCCUGCGUCUUGGCACAGACACUGUUGGCUCACAGCUGCGGGCGCGGAUGAUGUCGGCUUCCCUCCUCUCAGACAUGGAAUCAUUCAAGGCAGCCAAUCCUGGGUCAGUACUAGAGGACUUUGUGAGAUGGUAUUCACCUCGAGACUGGAUAGAGGAGCCUUCCUCAGACCCUAACAAGCCUCCCCAAGGGAGUCUUAGUACUCGUAUGCAAAUUCCUGGAAACAUGUGGCAAGAAGUAUGGAGCAGUGCAAAACCAGUCCCAGCCAGGAGACAAAAAAGGCUCUUUGAUGAUACCCGUGAAGCAGAACAAGUGCUUCACUGGCUGGGCUCGAUGGGACCAGGUGCUUUGUGCGGCCAUCUACAGCCAACAAUUCUCCAUGCUUCUCUGUGCCGCCUUGCUGAGGAAAAAUUAUUGUACUCCCUGCCGGCACCCAACACCCUGCCGCAGCCUCUACACUGUAAUUCAUUGGCUGCCAUUUUGGAGAUGGUUGCUCAGCGGAUUGUCAGGCUUUCCAGACAGCCUCCUGAUACAAAUAAAUACCAGGAGGUCAUUGAUCAGAUGGCUGAGGUUGAGGGAAGCAUAGCAAGAGCACAAAGUGUGAGACACAAGCUGCUUGGAGAUUCCACAGGGUCAUCAGUCGGAGGAACUUCACCGCUUGAGGACCUGGUAUUCCGACUACUGGACUCACCAGAGGUUACUUUAGAAGGAGGGCCAAGGGGUCCAGCAGCAGCUGUCAUCAGGAAACUGUUCCAGGAAGCACAGAGGGCUUCGAUGCUUGUUGAUGAUUCACCUCUAGAUGCAUCAAACAGCCAUGAUGACCGACGAUCGUCUGUGAAUUCAACUCAUGGUGGCCCAGCAAGUGAACUUGGGCGGCCAGCAGGUCGCGAGUACCUGUUGCGCACCCUAGUUCCGGCUCCCACAGCAUAUUCCCGUCCAGUUCCUCACAGAAUGUUUGUUGUUCUGUCACCAAGUGAAUUUCGAAUGACUGGGGCCUUUUCAGAAGAUACAACAUUUUGUUAACAAGUUAAAAAGUGGUUAUUUUUUAUAUUUUAUAUUGUGUGUCAUAUUGUAAGUAUGCAGUUAAGGAAAUUACAUCAGUAUAGUCAGUAUAUUAUGAUUGUCUUUGACAUAAGAACAAAUUCUGUUUAUUCAUUUAUAUAUAUAUGUUAUCUGCAAGUUAUUAAGAUAUGAUGCAGAUAAUGGAGAUGGUAUUGUGUAUGUAUAUAUAAAUAUCAGCUGUGGUUUAUUAGCUCUACAUUUAAUGGUUGCAAUUUAAAGGCUUUAAUUAAUGUAAUGGUGCCAAUAGGGUCAUAAUAUCAGUAACUUUGAUGCAUGGAAAACCAAUCCUAGUAGAUGCCAAUUAGCUUCUCCUGUAGUAAGAGGUGAAGGUUUAUUUUAUUGAAGCAAAAGGUUGGGAUUUCUCAGUUUAGAGUGAAGACAAAGAUAUAGUAUGGCAAGAAAAAAUAUUAUAGUCCCACUUUAAAGAUAUGAAGGAAAAAUGAAAGAUUUUGAAAACUCCCCUGACAUAUUUUCUUAUUAUAACUUCUAGUUUAUCUACCAGCCUUCCUUCAAUAACUAUUGUUGAAAUGUAUUGCAGCACACAUCACCAAGUCAUAUAUACCAGUGUAUGUGCUAUGAAACAGUAUUCUUUCUAAAUAAAUAAAUUCAUAAUGUCAUAAUCUGUUGAUGCUAGGAAAGCAUGUAUACAUGCACUAACUGCUGGAGUUUUGUUUUGAUAAUUUUGAUUACAGGCAGGGGCUCCAGAAGUAUUACUUGCUAGGAAGUCAUUUACUAUGCCUCCUGACCUCAUGUAUUUACCCUCAUUUCUUGAAUUUUUUGGAAGAGUAUUUUUUUAUUCAAUACUAUUAUUAUUAUUGUUAAUGCUAUAGUAUGAUGAUUAGCCUGAUAAAGAUGAUAAUGACAAUAGAAAUGAAACUUUUUUCAUGAGAUUUAAACAAAUUGAGGAAGCACUUUUAAAGCCACUUAGGUGUAAACAAAACUAAUGAAGCAAACCAUUGUGGAUACUUCAGGUCAAGCAGAUUUCAGACUGUGAAAGCUCUCUUGAAUGCUGGUAUUACAUAGUCUUUCACUGUUCAAAAGUGAAAAUGUACAGAUGCCUAGUUUUCAGAAUUUUGUCAGUAUAAUGAUAGGAGAUACAUGUGCAUAAAGUAUUGUGGGUGUAUCAUCCAAAAAAAUUAUCAUGCAGAUGUAGAUAGGAGGAAUAGUUUUUUAAUCAUAUUUUUAAACAUUAUCAUUGUCAUUGCUUUUAAUUAUUUCUGGCAUGUAUUGAAAAGUAAAAUUGAAGAAAUAUAUGCCUUCUACAAUCCACACACACCAUGUACACAGUGGUCAGGAAAAUGUUGAUGAGAGACUUUGCUACUUGGGCAGGGGCAUAACUGGAAAUCUGGGGGCCCCAGGGACUAUGUCCCUUGAGGGACUGCCCUGGACUUGCUUUGUUGACAAAAAUUUUAUGACAAAUUGAUUAUUUAUUUAUUGGAACAGAGGCAAAUUUUUAUUUUUACUUGUGCUAAAAACAUAAAAAAAACAUUCAAUGCAUACUGGUUUACAUCAUAAAUUGUACAGUCAUCUGAUGGGAAAUCUUAGUAGUUAGUUUUUUAAGUGAUUCAGGAUUCUAUUUAUAUUUAUUUUAUUUUAUUUACAUUAGUAAAUUUCUUAUAUUUUUCUGAUGCUGUUAUGUCAGACAUCAUUUAGCCAUUGGGAGCCCAGGGGACUUAAAAAAAUGCCACCCCACUUUAGCUGCUCUGCUGUGCUUGAGUGUUGUUAAUUGUGUGUCAUUCAUAGUUUUUAUUAUCAUGAUCAUUAUCAUUAUAAUUAUUAAUAUUUUUUGAAACUUAAAUUAUUAUUAUCAAUGUUAAUUCCUGUUCAUGUGGACAAUGCUUUUUACCAGCAUAAACAUCACAUAUUGUUUGCAUUAUGAGAGGGUAAUAUAUCACAGGAAUUCAUUAAUUCCAUUCUGUAAGGAUAAUAAAUCCUUAGGUAAUUUUACUUUUGGUAACAAUGAAUUAAAAAUAGAAUAUUAAAGUAGCUAUUAAUGAAUACAUUUUUUUUUGCAAUGGAGUAUAUACAUACAUACAUGCAUACAUACAUAUACAUAUACAUAUACAUGUACAUGUACAUGUACAUGUACAUGUACAUGUACAUGUACAUACAUAUACAU